AUGCUGCGGGCGGCGCUGAGCCGCGUGCCGAUACUGUUGAGCCGCGCGCGGCCCCGCGGGCCCGGCCCGAGGUGGCUGUGGGGGCCAGGGGUCCGCCUGCAGGCCGCGGGGACAAGGCGGGCCUGGGGGUGGGGCUGGCGGCGCUUGAGCUCUGAGCCGGGACCCGGGCCGGCGCACUACCAGCUAGUCUACACCUGCAAGGUCUGUGGGACCAGGUCCUCGAAGCGCAUCUCCAAGCUCGCCUAUCACCAGGGUGUGGUCAUUGUGACCUGCCCCGGCUGCCAGAACCACCACAUCAUCGCCGACAACCUGGGCUGGUUCUCGGACUUGGAUGGGAAGAGGAAUAUUGAAGAAAUUCUGGCGGCCAGAGGGGAGAAGGUACGCCGAGUGGUUGGCGAGGGGGCCGUGGAGCUCCUUUUAGAGGCUGCGGUGCCCCCCAAAUCCACCACUGCUGCAGAAGGGGCUGAGGACCAGGAUCCCACCCGGCCCGGCAAGACAGAGGCCAGCUGA